AUGGGCCAAUCUCAGUCAACAGGGUCAGCCCCAGAGCCGCAACCCGAGCAAAAAACCGAUUAUUACGACCUACUCGGCGUUUCUCGAACGGCAACUGACGACGAAAUCAAAAAGGCAUACCGAAAGAAAGCCCUCGAAUUACACCCCGAUCGAAACUACGGCAACGUCGAAGAAGCCACCCGCCUUUUCGCCGAAAUCCAGUCUGCCUAUGAAGUUCUCGCCGAUCCCCAGGAACGAGCAUGGUACGAUUCCCACAAGGAUGCAUUUCUAGGAACAACCCAAGGUCCGGACGGCUCGUCGGAGGCAGGUCAAAAUGUCUACAACAUACGAAUCACGACCGCGGAAGAAGUCCUCAAGGUAUUCUCGAAGUUCAGUCCACGAAUGGAAUUCUCCGACUCCCCAUCCGGAUUCUUCGGCGGCCUCAAGGAACAAUUCGCGCAAUUGGCACUCGAGGAGCGAGCGGCUUGCCAGUGGGAAAAUCAAGAUGUGGUCGAAUACCCAUCCUUCGGUUCUGCAAAUGAUGAUUUCGAGACCUUUGUCCGUCCAUUUUACUCUGUGUGGACUGGAUUCUCGACCAAGAAGUCAUUUGCUUGGAAAGACGCCCACCGCUUAUCCGAAGCACCUGAUCGCCGAGUCCGACGACUGAUGGAAAAAGAAAACCGGCGCCUGAGGGACGAAGGGAUUCGGACCUUUAACGAUGCGGUGCGAUCAUUGGUGGCGUUUAUCAAGAAACGUGAUCCACGCUGGAAGCUCAAUGCUCAGAAUGAAGCCCAACGCCAAGAAGCGCUGCGUCAGUCAGUCGCGGCGCAGGCAGCUAGGUCUCGAGCUAUGAACAAUGCCAAGAUGCGUGACCAUGUUCUGCCUGAGUGGGCGCGCUCCGAGGAUCAUGUGGCCAGUGAUGACGACGAAGAAAGCUCAGAGAGUGAGGUUGAGAGUUUCGAAUGUAUUGCGUGCAACAAAAGUUUCAAGAGCGAGAAACAAUUCGAGGCUCAUGAAAAGAGUAAGAAGCACGUCAAGGCUGUAAAGCAGUUGACCCGUGAGAUGCGCUUGCAAGAUGUACAACUCGAUCUUGAGCCGGAACCUAUUGUUAAACGCGAUGCUUUCGAUCUCGAUCCACUUGAUGAUGACGAUAUGCCCACCGAGGACAUUGAGAGCUUACGCACAUCGUCCCCCGUUGCCGAUGGCGAAGCAGAGAUUAGUACAGACGAGGCUGAGCCUCCGUUUGCCCAGUCUCAAGAAACGACACCUUCCGAAUGGGAUGAAGAUGCCAAAAAAGCCAGCUUAGCUACUCCGGAUCAAGAGCUAGAAUCUUCUGAUUCCGGUGGUGACGACGAUUACGCAUCCCGGGAAGCCGUAGAAACGAGACUUCACCCAGAUAUCGACUCUACGCAGGACCAGGAUCUGGCGACACCACUAAGCGAACAGCUAUCUUCUGUGGCGCUUGAGGGCCCUCUAGACGAAGAGCAACAGCCCCGGACUCCUCCCCUGGGAAAGGCCAAGCAGAAGAAAGCCAAGAAAGCGGCACGAGAGGCCGGGGAUCAAAGUCAAACCGGCAUGGUCUGUUCUGGGUGCAAUGCCAACUUCCCUUCAAAAACGAAGCUGUUCGCCCACUUGCAGAAAAAUCCAUCCCAUGCACAGUUAAAGACUACCACGAAAGGCCGGAGACGGUAG